AUGCCUCUUCUUCGCUCUCUCGCCACCAAGGCGGGCAUAAUGCGGACCCCCUCCGACCGCGAGACCAGGCUCGAGCAAGAAGGAAAAUGGCGCGAAGCACAGAAACUGCGCUUCAAGCAGUAUACCAAACGCGCGCACAAACAUGACCAAGGCAGGAAGAUCUACGAGCUAAUCCGCGCCGAUCAGCGGAUCCUGUUCCAGGUGCAGGCGCGCGCUGCGCAGCUGCAGACAGAAAAGGACGCUGCCCUUGCACUGAAGAACAGAAAAAAGCCUUGCUGGACUACUCGACCUGCCAAAAUCGCGCGACUCGAAUCGAAACUGCUCGAAGCCAACGCUGAACGUGGGCUGUGGGGGGAGUCGACCGACAUCGCAGCCAAACAGCCUCCAACGGAGUGUCUGGACGGAAGCCUUGAAGCGCUCUGGGUCGCAGAGCACCACCGACAUAACAAGCUCUCGAAACUCCCGGACGGGCCGGCUAAGCGGGCCUACUUGUCCCUGCAUCAGCGAUCAGGCUGGCACCUGUCGGAGUGGCAGCGAAGCGAAUGCGCGGCGGUCGGGGGAUGCUGCGCGCGGGAUUGUGGCUGUUGUACGAGAUCCAGAUGCCCUGAUCUUCCGACACUCUACUACGGUCAUUGUCUUUCAUACUGUCCAUGUUGUGCCAAGGCCCGUGGCUUCACCAUCACACCGGAUAGUAUCGACGAUGAUAAGAUGCUACCGGAACUCAAAUUGAGCGAUUGGUAUAACGGAAACGAUGACUACGUGUCCCGCUUGAUGAAUGCGCAUAUCUGGGGACUAUAA